GCGCUGCGAACCCUCCGCGCCACACGCGAGAACCGGGCUCGGGGAUCCCUUCCGGCCGCAAAGCGGGGGGCGCGGCCGGGCAGCCCAGCAGCUAGCGCCGCAGGCAGAGCGCCCAGACCCGGCCUGGCUUGUCCAUUAGCCCCGCCCCAGCCUUUACCCUCGGCCCUUGCAGCGGGCCCGGGCAGCGCCCUGUAGCGGGCCCCGCAGGAGCUCCCGGGCAGAGCGGCUCCCAGCGCGGAGCAUCCGCCCUGCUGUGAAAGCGACAGGCUCCCCGGGCUGUGUGCUAGAGCGGAGGUUGCACAGCCACACGCGCUUGGCUCUCAAUGCCGAGACCAAAGAUGCCUCAACAGAUCGGCCACACACAGCUUUUCCCACUAGAAACAGGAGCAGGGAGGAGACGGGGACAGCUGAAUGAAGCAAGAACACGGGAUACAGAAAGUCAACUGCUGGAAUACCCUGUUGGCCUGUACUGUGUAUCAUCAUUUUUACCCCGCUCUUUGGGUGAAGAUCCACAGACUGAGAUAUCAGUAUAUAUUCUUCCAUAGACCUGUACUGGACCCAACAGCUGGAUUUUAAUGAAAGCAACAAAAAAAAAAAUUCUGCCUAAUUUGUUUUGAAAGACAGCUCUACUGGUUCAGUGGCUUUUGAUUAAUAAGCGGGGUGUAGAACAGAAAAUAGAAGGGAAUAAAGUAUGAACGUUGGAAGAUGGGUUGUGGAAGAAGUAUUCCUGGAUAGCAGUCAAGUUCAGAAACUUUAUUUGCAUGACAAACUAUAGAAGUGUCAUCCAACUUAGCAAGGUAUACUGCAAGGAGCAAUUAGUUAAUAAUAAAGUAGCUAUUUCAUAUUUUGUGCUGUACCCAUCUCUCUCAAUCUAUGCUUUGUACUAUACUAUUGUACAAUAAAAUAUUUUUAUUAAAAGCAGCUAAUCCACCCAGCCUGCCAUGAUUCUCCAAAAUCCUAGUGUCAUCUAGUUUGUAUGAAGGAUCUCAUGCAAAAUAAGGCCAAAACCUAGGUGUUUGUAUCUCUGCAUGGGAGUAGUUCCAGUCUAUUGUAUGAGUCUAAUUGCAUCCAGAGACUUACAAGUUUUCAAGAUUGGGGUCUUAAAUGUUAUUGGUUUGCACUGUGUUAUGAGUGUAUGACUCAAAUUCAUUACUCAUCUGUUUUAGAAAGAUUUUUAAGGCAGCAUUUUUCUUAACCAUCAGGAAUAUGAUACAGGAUUUGGGCAGACUACGUCACCUGUUUUCUAAUGGAAUAUUAAGCCCUACAGAAAUCAGUCUGUUGUAACUUUUAACAUGGUGUUUUAUACAAAAGUCUGCAAGAUACACAUGGCCACGCAUACCAAAAUACAUUUAUUCUAUUACCUUGUACCAGAAAACUGUUUUCAAAAUUUUUGCAGCUGUAGGAGCUUUUCACUAGCACCCCCAUAGGGAUUUUCUCUGCCUCCUUUUCUAAUCCAUUGGUUUAUACAGGUGUCUAAUACAACUUUUCUAAACUGGUUAGGCGUGGGCAGGAUUUGCCAGGAAAAAAAAGCAAGAAAAAAAAACCAGACAGUGCAGUACAUCCACAUUGCCUCUAGGCGACAGCAGUAGUGACUACUUGCUACCCACCUCCUCCCGGUCCUGGAGACAGAGUGGAGCCCACUUGGAAGAUGAAGUCUGGCUAUCGGAGCUGAACAGACAGUAGCAGUUUUCUCGGGGCACUGACUACAAAUGGCCCUGGCUUUUUUCACCCCGAGCAUCCUCCAAGUGACUUGCAUGGUGCUGUUCCUUUUCCAUUCCAAGUCAGCGGCAGUGCAGUAUGUUCUGGAAAUCAACAACAAUGGCCCCAUCACAACGGGAGCUCAAGCUACAAUUCAUGCCAGAUUGAGUAUGAAGAAUUAUGAUGUUGUGUUCAUGAGUGACCUAAAAUCCUAUUAUUUUAACUGGAUUUUCACCCCUCUGACUUUGAUUGAGAAAUCAGAACAGCGAUUUAACUCCAUGAUUACAGUGACUGGUGAAUUUCCUGGGGAUUUUCCCAUUUUUGUCUGGGUAACUGAGACACGCUGCUGGUUAUGUCAGCCCAUCGCCAAAGGCUUCACUGUGCUUCAUGUUACAGAGUCAAUAGUAGGGAAUCUUACCAUGACACAAAUAGAAGACAGCAUGUAUGUGGAACCAGAUUCUAAUUCUGCCACAGACACUCUGACCCAGAUUUCUUUCUUUCUUCAUGAUCCGAGUAAUUACUUCAAGUUGUCAUCAUUCAUCUACAACUGGGAUUUUGGAGAUGGAACUCAACAAGUAACCAAAGAACCAGUUGUCUACUAUCAUUAUUCUACUAUGGGGCAUUGCAAGGUACAUCUCAAAGUUGUAGCUGAGUGGCAGCAAAUUGAGAGCGCCACACAAGAAAGAAAGAUUGUGCAGAAAACGGGAGAUUUCACCACCAAGUUGGAGUUGCUGGAUGCUGUUAAAAGUAUAAAUGUCAUAGGCUCCAGAGAAACUCACAUAAUGGAAAACUUAAAUUUAUCUCUACAUAUCAACGGCAGCCCUCCACUCACUUUAUGCUGGCUCAUAAAGGCUGAAUGUAUUCCACUUGAAGGGGAGAAGUGCCAUCUAGUGGCAAUUAAUGGCUCGUCUUACAAUUUGAACCAUACCUUUCAUAAUGCAGGAGAAUACUGUCUCAGCGUGAGAGUGGAGAAUGAUGUGAACAUGUUGCAGAUGUACCGUGAGAUUAAAGUAUGGUCAACAGGUAUUCACCCGGCUUUCUUCGCCUUGCCAUGUAUUGCUUUGAUUUCAGUGAUGCUGGGAUUUGUUAUAUACAUGACCCUCCGAAGCACCUCACAGCAGAAGGAUCUUGUCGAGGUUGCUGACUUUGAUUUUUCUCCUCUGUCUGACAAAAAUCUCUCGCCUUCUGAUUCUGAGUCAAGUUGUGGUCAAAUAUGCUGCAGAUCCUGUUUCCUUCAGCCACCUCAAGAAUAUUGGGAGACUAUCAGGGAGAGUCACAGACUCCUUCAUCCUUUAUACAAUCCAGUCAAAACUUACACAGUGUGAAGAACACAGCUUCAUUUGGUUACCUUAACUGCUGACCUUAACUUUUCUCUUAUGAUGAGCUAAAAGCCAAGUGCUGCAUGGAUGGUUUAUUUUUGCUGGUACAUCGAGAGAUUAACUACUUAUUAGGCCCAAUGCUAAAGAGUACUUCAUCAUGUAAUCUAAAGAGCCUGAAUCCCAAUAAAAGUGGCUUUGUAUAUUUGAAUUACUGUAGCGAGCACUG